GGGAAAGUGGUGGGGGGGGGGGCUCCUGAUUCCCCCCACCAGCCCCUUCUGCAGCAGCCUCGGGAGCUUUGGUAAGGGGGCCUGAGCUCCCUUGCAGGUGGUGCAUUGCAGGGCGGGGGGCAUGCAUGUGGCAGGAUACAUGCACCACCCCAGCAAUUUUCAGUCCCCAAAUCGUGUCUCCUGUUCCCCCCUCCUCUGCAAGAAUUUCCACCAACACGCGAGCGAACUGAUCCUCCCAGAUAACGCAGUGGAAGCCAGACGCCGCUCAAUAUGACGACUGAAACCUUUGUAAAGGACAUUAAACCUGGCUUGAAAAACUUGAACCUUAUUUUUAUUGUACUGGAAACAGGUCGGGUGACCAAGACAAAGGACGGCCACGAGGUGCGGACGUGCAAAGUAGCCGACAAAACGGGCAGCAUCAACAUCUCGGUGUGGGACGACGUAGGGAACCUCAUUCAGCCGGGGGACAUCAUCCGAUUGACCAAAGGCUACGCGUCAGUUUUCAAAGGCUGCCUGACGCUCUACACGGGCCGCGGAGGAGACCUGCAGAAAAUCGGAGAGUUCUGCAUGAUUUACUCCGAGGUCCCGAACUUCAGCGAACCCAACCCGGAGUACGUGACCCAGCCGUCCCAGAGCAAAGCCGCCCAGAAUGACAACGCAACCCCUGCUGCUCCCCAGACUACCCCGGGCCCCGCCGCAUCGGCCCCAGCUGCCGAUAACCAGAACGGCAACGGGCUGAGUGCCCCAGGCCCCGGCGCCCUCCCCCACCCGCCAAAUGUCCCAUCCCACCCCACCAGCGGCCGGAUCACCAGGAGCCAGCCGAACCACCAGGGCGCGGGCUCGGCCGGGUCCAGCUCAUCCUCCAGCCCCAUCAGCAACGGCAAAGAGACCCGGCGAAGCAGCAAGAGAUAACGCCUGGGGUUGGGACCCCCCCGCCCCAGCUCUGUGCCGGCUCGCAGGGAGGAGGCUGAGCCGGAGGGCGGGGAGUGGGGGAGAGACCGUGGCCGGCUGGCGCUAUGGGCUAGAUCAGAGACAGUGAAACCAAGAGCGUUUUCCUCGCCGCGGUCGUGACCAUUUUAACCAGGACUGUGGCCUUCUCCUGAGCAGUGAUGGGGAGGGGGGUGCCCCCCCCCCAUUGGAAACCAGCCCUUUAUCUUCACGGCUCUGCUCUGAGACUAAUCUGAACCACAGCCAACCGCCCUGCCCCCACUGG